GGCGGCGGCGGCUGCUCCCUCCUGCGUGAGGCGCUCGGCGGCCGCCGCGGGAGUGGGAUGAACGGCGAGCUGGGGCCGCCGCCGCGUGGAGGAGGCUGAGCUGUGGGAGGGGCGAGGAGGGACCAGCCGCGGCGGUGACAAGGUGCCAGCAGUGGAGGGGCCGCCGCCGCCGCCCGGCUUCUCGCUCCUGCUGCCGCCGCCGGGAGAAGUUUCGCUCCGAGCAACGGAAGCCAGCAGCCGCCGUCGGAGCAGGAGGCGGCGCCGGGGCCGGGCAGCCCGGCGCUAACUCGGCACAGGGACCUCAGCAGCAGCCUCCUCGCCCCGCAGCUCGUGUGCGGGACCCUCCCUCUCUCUCCGCCUGGCCGCACCAUGGCAGCGCGGUCCCGCAGACCCUGGCUGAGCGUGGUGCUGGGGCUGGUGCUGGGCUUCACCGCCGCCUCCUGGCUCAUCGCCCCCAAAGUGGCCGAGAUGAGCGAGAGGAAGAGACGCGCCUCCAGCCUUUGCUCCUACUACGGCCGCGCGGCGGGGGGCGCCCGGGCGCAGCAGGAGGCGGCGGCGGCGGCUGCGGCGCUGGGGGGCACCGGCUUCAGGAGCAGCCCUUGGGAGCUGCAGGCAGAGGAGGGCACCGUCCCCAGCCCCCCAGCCGCGGCCGGCGGGGAAGGGGAGCCGGAAGAGGAGGAGGAAGCCGGGGAGAAGCGGAGCGGGAGGCACGGGAGCAGCCACAAUGGGAGCGGGGACUGGGGGGGUCCCGCGGGCUGUGCGAAGCCCCGCAACUUCCUCUACGUGGGGGUGAUGACGGCCCAGAAGUACCUGGGCAGCCGGGCGGUGGCGGCGCAGCGGACCUGGGCGCGCUUCAUCCCCGGCAGGGUGGAGUUCUUCUCCAGCCAGGGCUCCACCGCCCCGCUCGCGGGGCCCGGGCUGCCUCCGCUGCCAGUCGUCGCCCUGCCCGGGGUAGACGAUUCCUACCCGCCCCAGAAGAAAUCCUUCAUGAUGAUCAAGUACAUGCACGACCACUACCUGGACAAGUACGAGUGGUUCAUGCGGGCGGACGACGAUGUCUACAUCAAAGGUGAAAAAUUGGAGGAGUUCCUUAGGUCGCUGAACAGCAGUAAACCUCUCUAUUUGGGGCAAACUGGUCUGGGAAAUAUUGAAGAACUUGGAAAACUGGGGCUUGAGCCUGGAGAAAAUUUCUGCAUGGGAGGGCCAGGAAUGAUCUUCAGUAGAGAAGUUCUCAGGAGAAUGGUGCCACAUAUAGGUGAAUGUCUUCGAGAAAUGUACACCACACAUGAGGAUGUGGAAGUGGGAAGAUGCGUCCGCCGAUUUGGUGGAACCCAGUGCGUUUGGUCAUAUGAGAUGCAGCAAUUGUUCCAUGAAAAUUAUGAACACAACCGGAAGGGUUACAUCCAAGAUCUUCACAACAGUAAAAUACACACAGCUAUAACACUUCAUCCAAAUAAAAGGCCAGCCUACCAAUACAGACUCCACAAUUACAUACUGAGCCGCAAAAUUUCAGAACUACGCUAUCGCACCAUCCAGCUCCAUAGAGAAAGUGCCCUAAUGAGCAAGCUCAGUAACAGUGAAAUAAAUAAGGAAGAUCAGCAGCUGGGAAUGAUGCCAUCUUUCAAUCGCUUCCAGCCCCGUGAAAGGAAUGAAGUAAUUGAAUGGGAAUUCCUGACAGGGAAGCUCCUUUACUCUGUGGCUGAGAAUCAACCACCCAGACAAAGCAUUAAUAGCAUUCUGCGGGCAGCACUGGAUGACACAGUGAUGCAAGUAAUGGAAAUGAUAAAUGAGAACUCUAAAUCUAGAGGAAGGCUUAUUGAUUUCAAGGAAAUACAAUAUGGCUACCGUAGGGUUGAUCCUAUGCAUGGAGUGGAGUACAUCCUGGAUUUACUACUUUUGUACAAAAGACACAAAGGAAGAAAACUUACAGUUCCAGUGAGACGUCAUGCUUACCUUCAGCAAUUGUUUAGCAAGCCUUUUUUCAAAGAGGCAGAGGAACUGGAUGUAAGAAGCCUUGUGGAGAAUAUUAACAGUGAUACUCAGUCUUUCUCUUUUCUUUCAAAUUCUUUAAAGAUUUUUUCAUCAUUUCAUGGCACCAAAGAAAUAGGAGGACAUAGUGACAAGAAAAUACAUAUUCUUGUCCCUCUCACAGGAAGAUAUGACAUUUUCUUAAGAUUUAUGGAGAAUUUUGAAAAGACUUGUGUUAUUCCCAGGCAGAAUGUAAAGCUGGCAGUAAUUCUGUUCAGCUCUGAUUCUGGCCAAGAUUCCAGCAAACACAGAGAGUUAAUUAAAGAAUAUCAUAAUAAGUAUCCAAAGGCAGAUAUGACCCUAAUUCCUAUGACAGGAGAGUUUUCCAGAGGUUUAGGUCUUGAAAUGGCCUCAUCUCAAUUUGACAAUGACACUUUGCUGCUAUUCUGUGAUGUUGACCUGAUAUUCACACCAGACUUUCUCCAACGAUGUAGAGAUAAUACUAUUCAAGGACAGCAGGUUUAUUAUCCCAUCAUCUUUAGUCAAUAUGAUCCAAAAGUAAUAUACAGAGGCAACCCUCCAGGUGACAAUAACUUUGUUUUCACAAAGAAAACUGGAUUUUGGCGAGACUAUGGAUUUGGAAUCACUUGUAUUUACAAAAGUGAUCUACUGAGUGCUGGUGGAUUUGAUACCUCAAUUCAAGGCUGGGGACUUGAGGAUGUAGACCUCUUUACUAAAGUAAUAACUUCUGGGCUGAAGGCUUUUAGAAGUCAAGAAGUAGGAGUUGUACAUGUUUUUCAUCCAGUUCAGUGUGACCCCAAUUUAGACCCUAAACAAUAUAAAAUGUGCUUGGGGUCCAAAGCAAGUACAUUUGCAUCUACCAUGCAGCUGGCUGAACUCUGGCUAGAAAAACAUUUAGGUGUCAGGUACAAUCGAACUCUCUCCUGACAUUCCUGCUCAUUCUGCCUUUUUGGGGGAGUUUACCUCAUUGUUGUUCUUUUUAUUUUAUUUUCAUAUUCUUAAACUCCUCUUUGUCUUCCAAAGGGUGUAUGUUGACCUCAAAAAAGAUGAGACUGCUGUACACUAAUAUUUCCAAUUCCUACUGAACUGGUUAGAUGUGUUACUUUCCUAUGCCCUUUAUUCAAAAUUGACUGAACUCAUGGCAGUCAAAUGAUCCCACGGAGCACAUCCAUCAUGAGAGAUUACAUCAAAGGAGAAAUGUUCUCUUUGGGCUUUAGGAUGCAAUAUCAGUCUUUGUUGUGUUUGUCAAACUUAAUGUGAUACAAAUAUUUACUGGUGAAGAUACCACAAAAGUGCUUUAUGCUUCCUCUGGGGAAGGAACUCUGUAACAUAAACUUGAGUUUUAUAAUUUAUACAAGGACUUAUAUAUAUAUAAACACUACUUUUCUUCAUCUUAAGAAUUUUUAAAGUAAAUGAAUAACUAUGAUUGUACCUUUAUUUUUUAAAAAAAGAAAAACUGAGGAGUGUCUUUCCAAAUACAACUGGUACUGGCUACCAAGGUCUUUAAAAGUCUUAUUGUAAUAAUGAGCUCCUCAUUAUUGUCUGCUCUGUGCGAAUGAACUUUAUUUUCUCAAGGGAACAUGAUUUAAUCAAAUAUUCAUGUACAUUUUAGAAGCUUUGUGAAACAAUGUCCUUCAUUUGCUGGCAAGAAGAAACUAUGACAGAACAUGAUUAUUUAUAAUAAAGUAUAGACAAACCGUAUUCUUUUUCAAAACAUAGAAUAAGUUGCUGUGUCUCUUUCUAAAAUAAGUCUCUAAUAUAUAAAUGAUUUUCUUUUACAUUCCUUUCAUAAAGCUGCACUUGAUACAAAGGGUGACAAAAGGUUAAUUAAAAUAGCCUUUUUUACAUUUGUGCAUUAAUAUUGGUAUUCAGAAACCAGCCAUUGUAAAAUUUCAAAAAUUGUAAAAAAUAAUUAUUUAAGUAUGAAAAUUUACUACUGCUGGUCAAAAAGUUCCUUGCCAAUAUAUUUGUUAGUGAAGAUUAUAGGACUGUGUUAAGAUUUAUCUUUCCGGACAGCCUGAAAUUGUCAUAUUAUGGAUCUGUGGAGUAUUGAAAAUGAAACCAACAUAAGAAAAAAUAAAUAUAAAGUUAAUUUUUA